UCGCAAACUCAACUUUCAGACAACCACGAUGCAUUUCUUUACUGUUUUCCUACUCACGUGUGCUUUAUUUGUUGAUGUUUCAUGCAUUGGAUGGCUAAUGAAAGGAAAUGAUAGAGGAUGUCCGAGGCGAGCCGGAGCUCAUCCAUUUUAUUUUGGGACGACGCACCUCGGGUGCAUUAUGAGACAUGGUAAAAAGGGGCGCAAACGUAGCGCACCUUGGAGAGGACCAUGGGACCUGUGGCAUCGUUUCAUUCAAUACAGAGGAUACUUUUAUGAUUUAAAAACCAACUCCAUGGUAUCCAUCGCUAGAAGUCGAUUAAAUGGACAUGUGUGUCCUGGGGCUAGGGAAACUUACCCUGCUGGCUAUAGCGAACUAAGCCCCGAGUGUAUUGAAGGUUGCGCCAAAAAUUACAAAUGUCGGUAUGGUCGCUACGACUUCCUUUUUAACAACUGUCACAACUUCGCUAACCGGCUGUCUGAAGUCUUGUGUAGAAGAGGUACAACUUGUCCCGGCUGGUGCACGGGAAGCUGUAAUGACGUGGAACAUAAUUACCAUUGAAUGAAAUGAAGAAAUUUUUAAUGUACUUAUGCUUUUAAUUACUUGAUACAUGUACAUCAACAAUGCUGAAAAAGAAUUUAUCUGAUCAGUUCACAAUUAUAAUAUUUUACCUAUAUUAUGCACAUAUACUGUGGUUGCAAUUGUGAAAAAGCAGAAUGAGAAACAAGGAUAAAAAUAAAAUGAAUUUUCUAUUUCA